CGGAGGGCGAGGGAGGGAGGCAGCCGGCGAGCCGGCGGUGGGCCGGCCAGGUUGCAGGAGGCUCCGGAGCGCAGAGAGGUUGGGAGACAGGCAGGCACCGAACUCUUUGCCGGCCUCAGGGCACCGUGGGCUGGGGAUCCAAGAGAGGGGAACCCAGAACCCUGAGAACGCGGAGAGUUUUAAUUGAACCAUCCAAUAAAUUGCAACAAUGAGUGAUCCCGAGCCCUAGCUUGAGAUUGGGGAGUGCAAGGGGAAAGGAAACAUUUGUGCUGCCUCCUUCCAUUCACAAUUCCAAGAAGGUUUGGUCCCAUCUUCUGCUGGGCUCAGAGAAGUCUGAGGAGAAACAAGAUCUGUGGCCACUGGUUCACAUGGUUUCGAGGCACAAUGAAGCAUGCUGGCUCUUGGAAAAUUUGGCUCUGGGUGGUAAUGCUUCUGCUUCCUGCUUCCAUUUCCGUGACGGUCAGGGACAAGUCAGAAAAACAGUGUCCUUUACUGAGAACAGAGGGACAUCAGUUUACCCAGGACAACAAAAAUAAACUUGAAGUUUCAGGUUUUGACCUAGGAGAGCGCUUUUCUUUGAGACGUGCAUUUUGUGAAGGUGAUAAAACCUGUUUCAAAUUGGGAAGUGCAUUUCUUAUUAGAGAUACCAUUAAGAUAUUUCCCAAAGGCCUUCCUGAUGAGUACGCCAUAGCAGCUAUGUUUCGAGUACGAAGAAGUACCAAAAAGGAACGAUGGUUUCUGUGGCAGGUUUUAAACCAGCAGAAUAUACCACAGGUUUCUAUGGUAGUUGAUGGUGGAAAGAAGGUGGUGGAAUUUAUGUUCCGAGCUCCUGAGGGAGAUGUGUUGAAUUACAUUUUUAAAAAUCGAGAACUCCGUCCUUUGUUUGAUCGUCAGUGGCAUAAACUUGGCAUUGGUAUUCAAUCCCGGGACAUUUCACUCUAUAUGGAUUGUAAUUUAAUUGCAAGCCGGCAUAUAGAUGAAAAGGACACUGUGGACCUUCGUGGAAAGAUUGUAAUUGCGGCACGAGCUUCCGAUGGCAAGCCUGUGGACAUUGAGCUUCACCAGUUUAAAAUCUACUGUAACUCAAACUUCAUAGCACAAGAAACAUGUUGCGAAAUAUCAGACACCAAGUGUCCAGAGCAGGAUGGCUAUGGAAGUGCUGCAUCAUCAUUGUUACCCGCUCACACCGGUAGAAUGUCUGCCUAUCUGCCAGCAACGCAGGAACUUCAAGACCGGUGCCAGUGCAUUCCAAACAAGGGAGAAGCAGGAUUGCCAGGAACUCCAGGCUCACCUGGCCAGAAAGGAGAUAAAGGAGAACCGGGUUCAGGUGGUAUGAAAGGUGAAUUUGGUACUCCUGGAAUUCCUGGGGAAAAGGGUGAAAAUGGUUUACAUGGAGCUCCAGGCUUACCUGGUCAAAAGGGAGAGCAAGGUUUUGAAGGCAGCAAAGGAGAAACUGGUGAAAAGGGUGAACAAGGAGAAAAAGGAGAUCCAGGUCUGGCUGGCAUUAAUGGACAAAAUGGUUUAAAAGGUGACUUGGGUCCUCGUGGUCCACCUGGCCCCAAAGGAGAAAAGGGAGAGACAGGACCUCCAGGACCACCAGCCUUAACUGGUUCCGUGGGGAUACAAGGCCCACAGGGUCCACCUGGAAAAGAAGGUCAAAGGGGAAGACGAGGAAAAACAGGUCCUCCAGGAAAACCGGGUCCCCCAGGACCACCCGGACCUCCCGGUAGACAAGGAGUACAACAGACUCUUGGAAAUUAUAACAAGGGAAAACUUGGUGAAUAUGAAGCUCGUGGCCCAAAAGGAGAGAAGGGUGAAACUGGACAACCAGGAUUCCCAGGGUCCAUUGGCCCUAAAGGUCAAAAAGGAGAAUCGGGAGAACCUCUUACUAAAGGUGAAAAGGGAGAUAGAGGAGAACCUGGGCUAAUGGGGUCACAGGGACUAAAGGGCGAACCUGGAGAUCCUGGUCCCCCCGGUUUAAUAGGAAGCCCAGGACUAAAGGGUCCACAAGGACCUGAAGGCUCUAUGGGACCCAGAGGACCACCAGGAGAUAUUGGAUUGCCAGGAGAACAUGGUAUCCCGGGAAAGCAAGGCAUUAAAGGAGAAAAGGGAGAUGCAGGUGGGAUUAUAGGCCCUCCUGGGCUUCCAGGUCCAAAAGGUGAGGCUGGUCCUCCAGGGAAAAGCCUGCCGGGGGAACCGGGUUUAGAUGGAAAUCCUGGAACCCCUGGUCCUCGUGGGCCAAAGGGUGAGCGAGGACUGCCAGGCGUCCACGGUUCCCCAGGUGACAGAGGCCCCCCGGGGGUGGGGGUUCCUGGCCGAACAGGCUCCCAAGGACCAGCUGGAGAGCCAGGUAUCCAGGGUCCUCGAGGUCUCCCUGGAUUGCCAGGAACUCCAGGGACCCCAGGGAAUGAUGGAGCUCCAGGAAGGGAUGGAAAGCCAGGUCUGCCAGGCCCCCCAGGUGACCCGAUCGCACUUCCUCUCUUGGGGGACAUCGGUGUCUUGCUCAAGAACUUCUGCGGCAACUGCCAAGCCAGUGUUCCCGGGAUGAAAAGCAACAAAGGAGAAGAAACUGGCGCUGGUGAGCCUGGAAAGUACGAUUCCACAGCCCAGAAGGGUGAUACAGGCCCACGGGGUCCUCCAGGAAUCCCAGGCAGGGAGGGGCCAAAGGGAAGCAAAGGAGAGAGGGGCUACCCGGGGAUACCUGGAGAGAAAGGUGAUGAGGGCCUUCAAGGAAUUCCAGGCCUUCCAGGUGCCCCAGGUCCCACUGGACCCCCUGGCUUGUUGGGAAGAACUGGACAUCCCGGUCCCACGGGAGCAAAGGGUGACAAGGGCAGUGAGGGACCCCCGGGGAGACCUGGACCACCCGGACCACCGGGUGUACCAUUCAAUGAAGGAAAUGGAAUGAGCAGUUUGUAUAAAAUCCAGGGAGGUGUGAAUGUUCCCAGUUUUCCAGGCCCCCCUGGUCCCCCUGGCCCAAAAGGAGACCCUGGCCCAGUGGGAGAACCCGGUGCAAUGGGGUUGCCAGGAUUAGAAGGAUUUCCGGGUAUAAAGGGGGAUCGAGGCCCAGCAGGUCCCCCAGGAAUAGCUGGAAUAUCGGGAAAACCUGGAGCCCCAGGGCCUCCGGGAGUCCCAGGGGAACCGGGUGACAGAGGGCCUGUUGGAGAUAUAGGUUUCCCUGGACCAGAAGGACCCUCCGGAAGGCCAGGAAUAAAUGGAAAAGAUGGAUUGCCCGGUGCUCAGGGUGUCAUGGGUAAACCUGGAGACAGAGGCCCCAAAGGAGAACGUGGUGACCAGGGAAUUCCAGGAGACAGAGGCCCACAGGGUGAACAGGGGAAACCAGGCCUUCCAGGCAUGAAGGGAGCCAUAGGUCCUGUGGGGCCACCCGGAAACAAGGGCUCCACGGGAUCCCCCGGACACCAAGGCCCUCCAGGCAAUCCAGGCAUCCCAGGCACUCCAGCUGAUGCGGUUUCAUUGGAAGAAAUAAAGAAGUAUAUUAAUCAAGAGGUUCUCAGGAUUUUUGAAGAGAGGAUGGCUGUGUUCCUAUCGCAGCUCAAGCUGCCAGCGGCAAUGCUGGCUGCUCAGGCUCAUGGAAGGCCUGGUCCACCAGGAAAGGAUGGAUUACCUGGGCCGCCAGGAGACCCUGGGCCCCAAGGCUACCGAGGACAGAAGGGAGAAAGAGGGGAGCCUGGCAUUGGGCUCCCAGGGAGUCCAGGUCUUCCUGGGACUUCAGCUCCGGGUUUGCCAGGCUCACCAGGUGCCCCAGGUCCCCAGGGCCCCCCAGGACCUAGUGGAAGAUGUAAUCCAGAAGAUUGCCUCUAUCCUGUGUCUCAUGCCCGUCAGCGGACAGGUGGGAAAUAAACACACCUGAGGAAGACUUGACAUUGAGCUAUCUUAAUACUCUCAACCCCUCAUGAUAUGUGGGUGGCUUUUUUUUGUUGUUGUUCAUUUGUUUGGUUUUUGUUUUUGGUAGGCCAGACAUUAAAAGCAACAAUUGGAAUCCUAUUUUCUAUAGGAAUUGGGAUAUUAGCAUUUUCAGCUUUUCCCAAAUUCAUUCCAUUUGUUUUUCUUCACCAUUACUAUGAUUUUUGUUCAGGAUCUUCUAUGAACUAAGCAAGCAAAUCUUGUCACUAGUUCUUCUUCAAGAUGAAAUGACAUCUUGUGAUUGAGUAGGCUGAUGGUGAUGUAUUUUCGGGACUUAUCAACUUGUAUUUGGCCUUUGAUUUCUGAAUUUUAGAGUUUCAAACUUAAAGUUUUCUUGGAGUUUAAAUUUACCAUCAUUGCUAAAACUUUCAACUUUUUUUGACAUAGUGCAUUGCUCUUGCUCAAUGUUUUUUGACUACUUUUAUAGCUGAAGAAUUCUUACACCAUCCUAUGUCAAUCCUGCUUAUGCAGAGAGAUAGAUAGGCAAUAAGAGCUUCACUUCAUAACUCAUUUUGGAAAAAAACAAAACAAAACAAAAACAAAAACCCAGGAGGCUAUUUUAUCAGGGAGCCCAAAACCCACCAUAGCCAACGACUGAAAUGAUUUUGUUUAUGAGCUCAGUUCAAAGCAAUCACCACUGGCAUGAAUAUGUGCUGCAUGAAAAGAGGGGAACAAAGUCCAGUUGUACAAGAGUUCCACAAGAAAAGCCCAACGCUGCAGCCUCUUCAUUGAAUUUCUCAUUUGGGAAAAAGAAGGCAGUUUUCCCUCAGAGGUGUUUGAUGGUGGAGGCAUGAAGCUCUCUUUGGUACCUUUGAAGCUUAAAUGGCCUAGCAAGGUCUUGGGGUCCUGGUAUCCAUUUUCCUUCCAGCUGGAUCACUCUCCGAUUGUAAGACAAGAACUGGCCAUCAGAACAAAGGAUGGGAUUUGUAGCAACUGGGAAAGAAACCCCUUGAUCUAGAAGAUGAAUGGGUGGUGUCUGCAGAUGCAUAUUGAGGAGGUGAAGCCCAAAAGCUCUUUCGGAGAAACAGUUAUUCUGGAGAACCAGGGCAGCCAAGGAUAUGCAAGUAGCGCUCAGACGGAAGAGUUAGCACUAACUUCAGCACCGUGAAGACCAUGUCCUCUGGCAGGAAACAAAAGUAUAGUGAUCACCAGGCCAAUUGCUUUCUAAAGUAUUUUUAUUGCCUAGCUCUACAUUAUUUUGAGAGGUUAAAAACAACUGAUUUCCUAGAACAUUGGGCACGAGGGUGUUGCUGAAAUCUAAGCAGUGGGUCCCACAGAUGCAGUGAGCAUGCCACCCAGAGCCCUUCCUGCCGCAGAAAUGGGGAGACCCUGACUCUUCAAAGAGCAGCACAGAUUCCAGUUUGGCUGAACAGGCUAGAAGGGUUGCUUUUAUUUGUUAAUUGGAAAAUGAAUUUAGAAAAACAAGCGCACUGAGAUUGGAACAAGCUGUGAACAGAGUUGUAUAGGGAGGCUUUUGUUCAAAUGCACCCGUGAGCUGAACUGGUUUUCUUUAUAGAUGAAUGAACUGCUGGUCAGGUACUGUCUACAUGGCUGUGCACACACACAACCAUUUAGUUAUUUCGUAUUGAAUUAUGAUGUAUAUUUUAAUUCCAAGUUUGUUUCUUUUAUCCUCUAAGGUUAUUUUAUUUAUUUCUAAUGUUUUUAACUUUUAAUUGAUUUUCUUCAAUUUUCUUUCCUGUGCAAUACCUACAAUGGUGCUGUGUUUUUGAUUAAUGAUUGGAAUAUACAUAUGCAUUUUCUUAGUAAAAUGAAAAAUUAUCCCUUCCAAAAAUGUACAGAAAUCCAAAAUCUGGUGCUAUGUGUAUAUCUUGAGGUUUUAAUUUGUUGAACUUUAAUUUUCUUGAAUUUUCUGAAAGCUUACAAUUCAUCUGCCACUCCUUAAUUUACUUGAACUUUUCAUGAAGCUAGACAUUUUGUAUGUUUUCAAAGAUUAUUUUUUAAUAUUAGUUACUAGGUUGUUUAUCCUUUUGCCUUUUUGCUAGUCCAGAAGUACUUAUUUUAGCAUGUUCAUGUUUUCAUGAACUUCUUUGCUGCUGGUGAUCAGUGCAUUUUUUCCUUGUUUUCUUUGAGUCUUAUAUAUCCAUGAAAGGACUCAGUUCAUUUUCUUGUUUUAUAACUUCUGUUCAUUUUAAUUCCACAGAAUAGGUCAUGCAUCCUUUCUUAUCAAUUGUAUAUUUAGGAACCUUUCUUUGUCUGACUUCCAUUAAUUGCUGGGCUGGUUUAUUCCUGUUCUGAGAAUUUGAAUUUAUUCAGGGGAUGAAAGCAGAAUGGGGAACGUCACGUUCUAUGAUGCAAAUGACAAAAUAGAGUACAUUAAUUCAAGCUCACUUGUUACAACUGACGUGUAUGGCUUAAUCGGCCUUGGGCAUAAGAAGAAAAAUGGGACUUUGUCCACCUGGAGUGAGGUCCUCUCAGCCUGCUUAACAUUGACCUUCCAACAUCUGUUCAUGUCUCACACGAUCUGCAACCAAGAGCCAAGAGAAAGCCUGGGCCCGGCUAACACAACACCAAAUAUAGUGGACAUUUGGCAGUUGUCUAAUUCCCUUACUGUUGAAAAAGUGGAUAAUUAAGGCCCCAAAGUAGGGUGGGAAAUUUUCCCCUCCAUCAUUUGGUGGUUGCAAACUCUGUUGUAGCAUUUUAUUCCAUUCCAAAGCAUUUGUUUACUUUCAGGUAGAUGUUAGUAGCAUCCACAGCAGGGAAGAAGAAUUAUCAAAUUUCUUGAAUUAUCUCUUAUUUGGACUUUAGAAUAAUUAUAGGCCAUGAUGACAAUUAGUAAUUAAAAUUGGCUUUGCCCUAUAUAAGUAUGUUUGGAUUCCGGUCUAACAUUUUAUACCAAAAUCAGUUAACACUUUUCACAUAGAAAUCUUUCUAUGCCAAGAACAAGAUAUGACUUCAAUCAAUAUUCCUAGCCUUUGGAAUCUAAAGAAGGAAGAAUAAUUCAAGAGUUUGUUCAUUGUUCUUUCCUGUUGAAGAUAUUAACCACUUCUUCCUAACCAUAAGAGAAACACAACCAGUCUUAACCUUUGGAAUUUUUCACUCUGUGAUUGUAGUAAUUUAAUUAAUGACUUUAAAGUAAUCCCAUAUGCUAUUUCUAUAUUUCAUGGCAUUGUUGAAACUUAAAGUUUUGUCACUUACAGAGCUUAAGUAAUUAUCUUAAGAUAUGUUGUGAAAAUGUCAUUUGAUGUUUGGAUGAUAAAAUAUUUUUUUAUGACUAUGUUUUAGGAGUUAAAUAAGACUUAGCUUUUCUGCAGUCUUUCUCCUCUGUUGAGAACCUGUGAUAUACCUCCUUUUGUCCACAAGAUGGUGUUUAAAGCGACUUGAAACUGAAGAACUGAACAGACUUGCAGAAAUACAAGGCUAGAAACAGUUUAGUGGACAACUAAAUCAGACCCUUGCCUUUGCACUUAUUUUUUUUUUACUUUUAUAAAUAAUUUCUUAUUAAUUUGUUUUUUGUUAAUUUAUGUUCUUCCUCAUUUUAAGUAUCUUUACAAAUAAGGCACAAUAAUCUGUGAUUCCUUAGCUGUUUCCAUUUUAUUUCUUAAGUGGAUUUAUAUACCUGCUUAACUUGUACCUUUACUAUUGGUAACUUUAGUUUGUAUGCUACCCUCAUAUUUUGGUGAUUGACGUGAAAACACCUAAGUAUUCAUCCUACCUUUCAGACAGGAUAUUCUUUUUUUUUUUUUUUAAUCAGACAGGAUAUUCUCUUUUGAUGGACAAGUAAAAAGCAUUAACCUUAUCU